AUGGAUGACGACGACAGCUACUUGUACGGAGAAUCAACAACAGAGGAGCUCGUCAAGCCGGCGGUAGAGACAUCUGGUGAGACCCGCUCCAUCUCAGAAGGGCUAGUUGCAAAGCUAGAAGAGCAAGCUGCCGAUGACACGCAAGAGGAGAGUGCAGAGGGAGAGCCUACUGAAAAUGGGGAGGAGGACGAAGAGGAGGAAGAUGAAGACAGUGAAGAUGAUGUAGAAAUUAUCAUGGACGAACCAAUAAAGUCGCAUUCCUUGGACCUUCGUGCCACAAGACCAGCGCAACCUCGCGCAGUAAGCUCUACUCAGUUCACUUCCCAAAGACCACCUCCACCUUCCCUCACAACUGAGUACACUCCCCGCGACCGGGCUGCAAUUAAUAAGAUCACCUCAACCCCCCAGCCUUCAUCUCAGACUCCUCAGCCUGGUGCAAUUGCUACGCCCAGUGCUCCCGCUGCAGAGAAGACCACAGAAGGUGAAAAGGAUGCAGCAAAGGAUACAGGGCCUGACCCCAAUACUCUGCCGGCUCCGAAGGCGGCCCCCUCACACCCUUCAAUCAAAUUGAACGAAGUGGGAGUAGUAGACGGACAGUCUAUCUUGGAGUAUGAUCUGAACGCGAUGUCGGAGAAGCCGUGGAGAAGACCAGGGUCCGACCUUAGCGACUGGUUCAACUACGGUUUCGAUGAGAUGACCUGGCAAAUGUACUGCAACCAACGGCAGUCUAUGGUCGAGCAUGCUGGAGUGCUGAAGAACAGUAUCCUUAAUUUCUCCGGUCUCCCAGAAGAGCAACUCCUCGCCUUGCCUCAGGAUGUUCGUCAAGCCGUCCUGGCUGGAGCUACGACCGUCAUGGCCGGCGGGGGAGGGAUGAUGACCAUGAACGGCGGACCCAUGAUGAACCAGAUGAUGAACAUGGGCCCUAUGAUGAACCCCAUGAUGGACGGUGCAGGCCAGGGCAAUCCCGAGGGCCAGAUGGGCAUGGUCGGCGAGGGCUUCGGGCCUGGCGGCGGCGCGCAGGGCAUGAUGGGCAUGAACAUGAAUCCCGACUUCGCGAUGCAGGUGGGACCGAAUGCCAUGGGCCAGCAGAUGUACCCGGGCAUGGAAGGGAACGGUACCCCUGGGCCUGUCGCGCCAGCUGCGGCUCGGAAUGUGCCUCAGCAACCGUUCCGCGGACGUGGGAUGCCGCAGGGUAUGGGCCCGCGUGGACGCGGGGCAGGGUUCGCUGGUCGGGGACGAGGAAUGCCCGUCCGUCCGGCGUCGCCGCUGCCUCCGAACGUGCCUACUGGUCCACGUAAUAAAAACAAGUAUAAGGAUAUUGAUGGAAGCGCGCCUGCCGUGGACGGCUUGGACUACGGCGGAGGUGGUGGUGGCAGCGCUCCCGUGGAUCGUGAACGCAGUGAACGGAGCGAGCGAAACGGUGACAGGAAGGAGCGAGGCACUCCCGACUUAGACGAGCGUGAUAGGAGCAGCAGGAAACGGAGGGCAUCCCCAGGCGACCGUGAAGAAAGCAGGAGCUCAAAACGAAGGUGA